AUGCCCUCCGUCACCGACCUCCGGUUCCAAUUCGCUCUCCCCCCCCCCGCCCUUCCCCCCGCUCCUGGUGGAUCCCACCAGCCCCCCCUACCUCGGUCUCCAGCCAGUCACCGCUCGGUCUCCAGCCAGUCGCCGCUCGGUCUCCAGCCGCCGAUUCGGUCUCCAACAGUCGAAGCUCGGUCUCCAGCCGCAGCUCCGCCUGCACCCGCCGCUCGGUCGCCAGCAGCCGCAGCACCCAAACGACGACCAGUUCCCUCGGUCUCCAGCAGCCGCAACUCCAUCUCAGCACCGGAAUCCCCCGGAACCCGGUCAACACUGGGCUUUGGUUUCCGGCUUGGUUUACAAGCGUAA